CAAGAUCGACUCCAAAUCUCAUUCCUGGCAACAAUAGUUGUUAUUCAUUCAUAUUCUUUUGUUGUCACCGAAAAGAGGAGAUCGCAUCCCAUUAUCCCUUUGCAAAUCCUUCUUGCUAGCCCUGAAUCAUCUCAUCUUUUUCUUGUAAGAUGGCCACAAGUUUUAGCUAUUGGGAUGAUUGCGUUAACCAUCGUGACUUAGAAGCAAUGUGGAGGGUACCUGAAGUCAAAGCCGAAUGGUUAAAAGCUGGAGAAGUCAAAGGUCAAAAGGUUCACCUCUCACGUGAUCCUGAUGGCCAACCUUAUCUAACACAAACUGAAAUGAGGGCUGUCACAGACAUUAUUAUUAGAAGAAACUUUCCUUCACAGAUAGACCCUAGAAUGGUUUGUGCUAUUGCUGAACUUGAAAGUGAUAGACAAUUACUUGUUAUGCGAACUACCCCCAACUCUAAAGAGCUUACUGUAGGCCUUAUGCAAAUCUUACCAAAAACUGCUCAUUGGUUGAUGAGUGACUUAGGUUAUGGCGCUUAUGGAAUAGAAGGGAGUCAAGCUCUCCUUUUUCAACCAUUUACAAAUGUAUAUUUUGGGGCUGCUUAUAUUAGAUGGUUAUCAAAUUUCGAAGAUAUAGCAAGAAGUGAAGAGUUUAUUGUGAGAGCAUAUAAAGGUGGCACAAAGAGAGUAACUCACAAAUCAACUUUGCAAUUUUGGAAAAGCUAUCUCUUAGCCAAAGAAAGUUUUCCAUCAAGAAACUCUUUUGAUGAAAGAAGAUCUGAGUUCAGGAGUGGUCUAUCUCAAGCUCAUUCUCGUACUGGAUCUGUUGGAUCUUUUGUACUUUUAUCAGAUAUUUCAAAAGAAACAAGUGGUGACACAUACUGGGACUCUAGAGUAUCUGCAGAAAAUAUGGAAGAUAUGUGGAAUCAUCCUGUUGUCCGAAAAGAGUGGAUUAAAUCGAAACAGGAACCAGGGAAAGUGCUUAUGGCAGUUGCAGAUAUAAUUCUAUUCAAAUACCUUCAAACAAAGAAAAUGAAAUCUACAAUACUUUGUGCCAUUUCAGAAGUUGUAAGCAUGCGUUUUCUACAUGGAGUUGGAGAGCGACCAGGAAUAAUGGGAAUUAGCUAUUCCACAGCCUACUGGAUUUACAUGCAAUUGGGUUAUAGGGCUUAUAAACUUGAAUCCCCUGAAGAUUUAUACAAUCCAUUUGUUUCCAUGUACUUCGGAGCUGCCUAUGUGACAUGGUUAUCCGAAUAUGAAGAGAGAAGCUUCGAAGAUGAUGAAGAUAAUGAAAGCGUUAGUGCAUGGAGCUUCGAUGAUGAAGUUGAUGAAGAGAGAAUAAGAGAAAAGGGGCAAGCAGUGUGA